CGCCACCAAGUGCUGCCUGCGUUCCCACAGCACCCUAGGCCCCGCCACCCGCAGCCCAGAGCUCAGAUGGAAAGUGUGCAGGAGCUGAUCCCUCUGGCCAAGGAGAUGAUGGCACAGAAGCCCCGAGGGAAGCUGGUGAAGCUGUAUGUGCUGGGCAGCGUGCUGGCGCUCUUCGGUGUGGUACUCGGCCUGGUGGAGACGGUGUGCAGCCCUUUCACAGCCGCCAGCCGCCUGCGCGACCAGGAGGCUGCAGUGGCGGAGCUGCGGGACGCUCGUGAGCGACAGUCCCUUCACAAGCAGGCCCUGCUGGACAAAGGCAAGGCACAGGAGGCGACCCUGUGCAGCCGAGCCCUGUCCCUCCGGCAGCACGCCUCCUAAGGAGGGUAACCGGCAGAGGACAGAGGACGGAGCGGAGCGAGACA